AUGGGGCUGCCACUAGCCCGCCUGGUGGCCGCCUGCCUGGCCCUGGCCUCGGCCUGGGGCUUGGAGGUGCAGAGAGUGGGCCAAUCCCGAAGCCACAGCCACAACGUCUGCAGCACCUGGGGCAAUUUCCACUAUAAGACCUUCGACGGUGACAUCUUCCGCUUCCCUGGCCUUUGUGACUACAACUUCGCCUCCGACUGCCGUGACUCCUACAAGGAGUUUGCUGUGCACCUGAAGCGGAGCCCCGGCCAGGACGGCAGCCACCCCCAGGUGGAGUCUGUGCUGCUGACCGUCAAGGACGACACCAUCUACCUCACCCGGCAGCUGGUUGUGGUGAACGGGGCCAUGGUCAGCACCCCGCACUACAGCGCAGGGCUGCUCAUCGUGAAGAGUGACGCCUACACCAAGAUCUACUCCCGAGCUGGCCUCUCGCUCAUGUGGAACCGCGAGGACGCACUCAUGCUGGAGCUGGACAGCAGGUUCCACAACCAUACCUGCGGGCUGUGUGGUGACUACAAUGGGCUACAGACCUACUCGGAAUUCCUGUCUGAAGGAAUCAGCUUCAGUGCCAUCGAGUUUGGGAACAUGCAGAAGAUCAACAAGCCCGAGGAGGAGUGUGAGGACCCCGAGGAGGCGGGCCUGCCUGAGUCCUGCUCCCAGCACCGCGCUGAGUGUGAGAGGCUGCUGACGGCUGAGGCCUUCGAGGACUGCCAGGCCCGUGUGCCGCUGGAGCUGUACGUGGAAGCCUGCAUGCACGACCGCUGCCAGUGCCUGCAGGCCGAUGGCUGUGUCUGCAGCACCAUCGCUGAGUUCUCCCGUCAGUGCUCCCACGCAGGUGGCCGGCCUGGAAACUGGAGAACAGCGUCUUUCUGUGCCAAGAGCUGCCCUGGCAACAUGGUGUACUUGGAGAGUGGCUCACCCUGCAUGGACACCUGCUCCCACCUGGAGGUCAGCAACCUGUGUGAAGAGCACCACAUGGAUGGUUGCUUCUGCCCCGAAGGCACUGUGUACGACGACAUCACGGGCAGUGGCUGUGUCCCUGUCAGCCAGUGCUACUGCAAGCUCCAUGGCCACCUGCAUGCCCCGGGCCAGGAGGUGACCAACGAUUGUGAGCAGUGUGUCUGCAACGCUGGCCGCUGGGUGUGCAAGGACCUGUCAUGCCCUGGGACCUGUUCCCUGGAGGGCGGCUCCCACAUCACCACCUUUGAUGGGAAGAAGUUCACCUUCCACGGGGACUGCGACUACGUCCUUGCCAAGGGUGACCACAAUGACUCCUAUGCCCUGCUGGGCGAGCUGGCCCCCUGCGGCACCACGGACAAGCAGACCUGCCUGAAGACAGUACAGCUGCUGACCGACAGCCGGAAGAACGUGGUGGCCUUCAAGUCGGACGGCAGCGUGCUGCUCAAUGAGCUGCAGGUGACCCUGCCCCACGUGGCUGCCAGCUUCUCCAUCUUCCGGCCAUCCUCCUACCACAUUGUGGUGAACACGGUCCUCGGGCUGCAGUUGCAGGUUCAGCUGGUGCCUGUCAUGCAGCUCUUCGUGACGUUGGACCCAUCGGCCCAGGGGCAGGUGCAGGGCCUCUGUGGGAACUUCAAUGGUCUGGAGAGCGACGACUUCAAGACAUCUUCUGGGCUGGUGGAAGCCACGGGCGCCAGCUUUGCCAACUCCUGGAAGGCGCAGCCAAGCUGCCACGACAAGCUGGACUGGCUGGAUGACCCCUGCUCGCUCAACAUUGAGAGCGCGAACUACGCCGAGCACUGGUGCUCUCUCCUGAAGAAGACGGAGACGCCCUUCGGCAGGUGCCACCUGGCUGUUGACCCCACUGAGUAUUACAAGAGGUGCAAGUACGACACGUGCAACUGCCAGAACAACGAGGACUGCCUGUGCGCGGCCCUGUCUUCCUACGCGCACGCCUGCGCCGCCAAGGGCGUGCUGCUGUGGGGCUGGCGGGAGCACGUCUGCAACAAGGACGUGAACGCCUGCCCCAGCUCACAGAUCUUCCUGUACAACCUGACCACCUGCCAGCAGACCUGCCGCUCGCUCUCUGAGGGUGACACCCACUGCCUGAAGGGCUUCGCACCCGUGGAUGGCUGCGGCUGCCCCGACCACACCUUCCUGGACCAGAAGGGCCGCUGUGUGCCCCGGGCCAAAUGCUCCUGCCACCACCACGGGUUCUACCUGGAGGCUGGAGAAGUGAUCCUGAGGCAGAGCGAGCGCUGCAUUUGCCAGGACGGAAGGCUGAACUGCAGGCCGAUCCAGCUGAUUGGGCAGAGCUGCAAGGCCCCAAAGAUCCUGGUAGACUGCAAUGACGUCACAUCCCUGGCCCCCCGGGAGCCGCGCCCCAUUAGCUGCCAGACGCUGGUGGCUGGCUAUUACCAUACAGGGUGUGUCAGUGGCUGCGUAUGCCCCAAUGGGCUGCUGGAUGAUGGCCGUGGUGGCUGUGUGGAGGAGGAGGAGUGCCCGUGCGUCCACAGCAAGGCCCUGUACCCCCCUGGGCACAAGAUCAAGCUGGACUGCAACAACACUUGCACUUGCCAGAGUGGACGCUGGGAGUGUACAAAGUUCGUGUGCCAUGGCACCUGCUCCAUCUAUGGCAGUGGCCACUAUGUCACCUUUGAUGGGAGGCACUAUGACUUUGAUGGACACUGCUCCUACGUGGCUGUUCAGGACUACUGUGGCCAGAACUCUACAGGCUCCUUCAGCAUUGUCACCGAGAAUGUCCCCUGUGGCACCACUGGUGUCACCUGCUCUAAGUCUAUCAAGAUCUUCAUAGGGAGGAUGGAGCUAAAGCUGGAGGACAAGCACCACAAGGUGAUUCAGCUGGAGGAGGGCCAGCGCGUGGCCUUCACCACGCGAGAGGUGGGCCAGUACCUGGUGGUGGAGGCCAGCACAGGUGUCAUCGUGAUCUGGGACAAGAAGACCACCGUCUUCAUCAAGCUGGCUCCCUCCUACAAGGGCUCCGUGUGCGGGCUGUGUGGGAACUUCGACGACCGCACCAGCAACGACUUCACCACACGGGACCACAUGGUGGUGAGCAGCGAGCUGGACUUCGGGAACAGCUGGAAGGAGGCCUCCACCUGCCCAGAUGUGGCUGCCACCCCCGACCCCUGCAGCCUGAAUCCGCACCGCCGCUCCUGGGCCGAGAAGCAGUGCAGCAUCAUCAAGAGCUCCGUGUUCGCUGUGUGCCACAGCAAGGUGGACCCCACGGUCUUCUAUGAGGCCUGUGUGCACGACUCCUGCUCGUGCGAUUCCGGCGGGGAUUGCGAAUGCUUCUGCUCUGCCGUGGCCUCCUAUGCCCAGGAGUGCACCAAGGCGGAGGCCUGCGUGUUCUGGAGGACGCCGGAUCUGUGCCGCUGCUACCCUCGGUGCCCUAAGGACAAGCCCAUUUACGACGAGGACCUGAAGCUGUGUGUCACUGGGGACCGGUGUGGCUGCUAUGUCGAGGACACCCACUACCCGCCAGGAACAUCGCUUCCCACCAAUGAUAUCUGCAAGAUCUGCGAGUGCAACAACUUCUCCCAGGUGAACUGCUCGUGGGAUGUAGGGAAAGUCCUCAACUCUACCCAGGAUGGCCUCUUCUGCUACAAUGUGACCUGUGGCCCCAAUGGGACAGUGCAUGAGGACUUCAACGUCUGCCCAUCUACCACGCUAACUCCGUCCACCACACCGCGCCCGUCCACACUGACCACCUCCACCUCAGUCCCCACCACGCCCACCACCCCGCUCACCACUACCAGUGCCCCCAGCACCACCACGGGAUGGUCAUGCUGCUUCUGGUCAGACUGGAUCAACGAGGACCACCCUAGCAAGGGCACUGAUGGUGGGGACCGUGAGACUUUUGACAGCGUCUGCAGUGCUCCUGAGGACAUCGAGUGCAGGUCGGCCACUGAUCCUCACCUCAGCUUGCAGGAGCUGGGCCAGAAACCAACAACACCGACACCUAUCACUUAUACCACAGAGACCACAACUCCCACCACCACCACCACCACUACCACAGAGACUACAACACCCACACCCACAACAACUACAGAGACAAGACCUACACCCACUACAACCACAGAGACCACAACCCCCACACCCACAGGUACAACUACAGAGACCACCACUCCCACAACCACUACCACUGAGACCACAACACCUACACCAACAAUCACAACCACAGUGACCACAACACCCACACCAGAGACGUCAACACCCACACUGAGAACCACAACACCCACACCAAUGACCACAACAACAGAGACAACAACAACACCAGAGACCACAACACCCACACCCACCACAACUACGGAGACAACAACACCCACUUACACCACCACCACAGAGACCACAACACCCACACCCACAGAGACAACAACACCCACACCCACCACAACUACGGAGACAACACCCACAACCAGCACAACCACAGUGACCACAACACCCACACCAGAGACCACAACACCCACAUCUAUCCCCACUACCACAGAGACCACCACUCUCACUGUGCCAACGACCACGGCAGUCACCUCCACCCAGACCAGCCUCUCCUCGACGGAGCCGACCAUAUCAGACACCACACCGAUCGAGACUCCCAGCAGCGGCUGGACAUACAGUCCCUCCGUCUUGUGCUGCUUCUUGAAUGGCACCUACUAUCUCCCAGGCGAGCUGGUGUACAACGGAACACACGGGAACACCUGCUAUUAUGUAAACUGCUCCCUGGACUGCGAACUCCAGUUCUUCAACUGGUCUUGCCCAUCCACACCCUCCACGUCCACACCCACACCCUCCACGUCCACACCCACACCGUCCACGUCCACACCCACGUCCUCCUCGUCCACACCCACACCCACGCCCUCCAAGCCAACGUCCAGCACACCGGUCACCACCAAGCCUCCAGGGUGCCUAGACUUCAUCCCUCCAAGACAGGAGAAUGAGACCUGGUGGCUGUGUAACUGCACAAUGGCCACCUGCAAGUACGACAACGUGGUGGAGAUCAUUCCGGUGGAGUGCAAGCCGCCGCCUAAGCCCACCUGCUCCAACGGCCUCAAGCCCGUGCAAGUCAUGGACCCUGAUGGCUGCUGCUGGCACUGGGAGUGCGACUGCUAUUGCACAGGCUGGGGAGACCCGCACUUCGUCACCUUUGAUGGGCUCUACUACAGCUACCAGGGCAACUGCACCUAUGUGCUAGUGGAGGAGAUCACCUCCACGGUGGACAACUUCGGUGUCUACGUAGACAACUACCACUGUGACAUCCACGACAAGGUGUCCUGCCCCCGCACGCUCAUCGUGCGCCAUGAGACCCAGGAGGUGCUGAUCAAAACUCUGCAGAUGACACCCAUGAAGGUGCAGGUGCUGAUCAACAAGCAGGCAGUGGCCCUGCCCUACAAGAAGUACGGGCUGAAGGUGUAUGAGUCGGGUAUCAACUUCCUGGUGGACAUCCCUGAGCUUGGCGCCCUCAUAUCCUACAAUGGCCUGUCCUUCUCUAUCAGGCUGCCCUACAAGCGCUUUGGCAACAACACCAAGGGCCAGUGUGGCACCUGCACCAACAGCACAGAGGACGACUGUGUGCUGCCCAACGGGGAGGUCACCUCCAACUGUGAGCUGGCUGCUGACCAGUGGGUGGUGAACGACCCCUCCAAGCCACACUGUCCCCACACCGACUUCACCACCAAGCGCCCAGUUGUCAAGACAACUCCACCCGACAACUGCACCCAGUCUCCCAUCUGCCAGCUCAUCAAGGACAGCUUGUUUGCCCAGUGCCACGCCUUGGUGCCUCCCCAGCACUACUACGAAGCCUGCAUAUUUGACAGCUGCUCCGUGCCAAACUCGGGCAUGGAGUGUGCCAGCGUGCAGGCCUAUGCGGCGCUCUGCUCCCAGGAGGGCUUCUGUGUGGACUGGCGGAGACACACUAAUGGGUCCUGCGCUGUGAUGUGUCCAGCUCACAGGGAGUACCAGGCCUGCGGGCCCGCAGAGGAACCCACCUGCACGUCAAGCUCCCCGCUGAACUCCUCGGUUCUGGUGGAAGGUUGCUUCUGUCCGGAAGGCACCACAAACUACGCCCCUGGCUAUGAUGUCUGCGUGAAGAUGUGCGGCUGCGUGGGACCCGACAGUGUGCCCAGAGAGUUUGGGGAGCACUUUGUCUUCGACUGCAAGGACUGCAUCUGCCUGGAGGGUGGCAGUGGCAUCACCUGCCAGCCCAAGAAGUGCAGCCAGGAGGCCCUGCCCAUGUGCAAGGAGGAGGGCACCUACCUGGUCACUGAGGUCAACCCAGCUGACACCUGCUGCAAUAUCUCCUCGUGCAAGUGCAAUGCCAGCCUGUGCAAGAGUGAGCCCCCUUCAUGCUCACUGGGCUUUGAGGCGAAGAGCAAGAUGGUGCCCGGGCAGUGCUGCCCAGUCUACUCCUGCGAGCCCAAGCGGGUGUGUGUGCACAACAGCGCAGAGUACCAGCCCGGAUCCCCAGUGUACUCCUCCAAGUGCCAGGACUGCUUGUGCAGCCACGAGGUCAACAACAGCACCCAGCUCAACAUCAUCAGCUGCACCCCUGUGCCCUGCAACGUCUCCUGCGACCCUGGCUUCGAGCCUGUGGAGGUCCCUGGCGAGUGCUGCAGGAAGUGCCAGCAGACCAGCUGCAUCAUCAGCAUGCCUAGUGGCCAGCGCGUCAUCCUGAAGCCUGGGGAUGUAGAGAAGAACCCCAACAACAAGUGCACCUUCUUCAGCUGUGUGGAGAUCCACAACCAGCUCAUCUCCUCCGUCUCCAACAUCACCUGCCCUGACUUCGACCCCAGCAGCUGUGUCCCGGGAUCCAUCACAUUUAUGCCCAACGAGUGCUGCCAGACAUGCAUCCCUCUGAAUACCAGUGUGCCCUGCGCCACCGUCCCCAUUGUCAAGGAAAUUUCCCACGCUGGCUGUGCCAAGAACGUCACCACCAACUACUGCUCCGGGUCCUGCGAGACGUUUUCCAUGUACUCGGCCAAGGCGCAGACCCUGGACCACCGCUGCUCCUGCUGCAAGGAGGAGAGCACCGUCAAGCGCCAGGUGGUCCUGGACUGUCCCAACGGAGGCUCGCUGGACUACACCUACACGCACAUCCAGAGGUGCCGGUGCCGGGACAGCGUGUGUGGCCUCCCGCAGGCCUAGCCGGAGUAUGGCGCUCCAGCCCCCGCUUCUGGGCAGGGCCUAAGCGGCCAGGUACUC